AAAAAAAAAAAAAAAAAAAAAAAAAAGAAGAAAAAAAAAGAAAAAAAAAGAAAUUGAAUUGAUUUCAAUUUUUACCAACAAAUUCUGAUGAAAUUCUUCGAUGAAAAAAAAAUUUUAAUAAAGAGAAAAAAAUUUAAUUAACUUCAAAUUUUUUUUUCUUCAAAAAAUUGUCACGACGAAAAGAUUCGAAAUUUUUCGAACGAACGAAAUUGAAUAAAAAAGAUAUUGAAUUAGUUUCAAUUUUUAUCAAAGAAGAGGUUGUCGAAAAAAUACGAAACUUUUCGAUGAACAAAGCUAAACGAAGAACAUUGAAUUAAUUUCAAUCUUUUUCCAAAAGUUUUGACGAAAAGAUUCGAAAUUUUACGAAAUGAACAAAAUGAAAUAAAGGAAAAAAAAAAAAAUUCUGAAUUAAUUUCCAUAUCUUUAUAUUAAAAAAUACUGCUGACGAGAAGAUUCGAAAAAAUUCGGGAUUUGUCGAUGAACCAAAUGAAAUAAUAAAUGUAAAUAAAUGAAAAAAAUGGGUUGUCUAAAAAAGAAAAAAAAUAUCGUAGAGAUGAACUUGAAACGAGAUGUAAUAUCUCAUCAUAUCAUGGACCGCGAGUGGAUGAUCGAUCGAGCCCUGCGCGUUCGAGGGAUGCUGGCCAUAUUCCCCGAUCUUCCAAUCCCAGUAGCGAACAACCCUCCCUUGGUCAAUGCGACGAUUAAGGGUUUUGUGAUUAGGAACUCGACGAUCACCCAUAGACCGCCAUGCUCUCGUUGUGUUCCUCUUAGUUUAGUCAAAUCAUUUUCAAAUUCAUUUUCUUCUUAUUCCAUUCAUGGAUCUUUAUUCUCGAAUUAAGGAUCAAUUUUUAGAUUAGUUUCCUUGGCAAUCGUUUUUUCCUUAUACAACGAGAAGAGGACCGACCGACUGAUCGUGUCUUCUUCAAGAAGAAGAAGAAGAAGAAGGUUCGACCUUUUUAUUUGAUUUCAUCGGAGAAAGAAGAAAUAAUUCGAUUUUUUAUUCGAAAAAAUAUCUUUCAAGAUGACUAGUUUCCGAGGAUUUUAUAUACCGUCCUUUGGGGCGACAGUUAACGUUGCUUGGGAGACAUUAAAAGCUAAAUGGCCAGAAAAUAGUCCAUGUAUGGAAUUAAUUCGUGGUACCGGUAUGACUGGUCAAGGUGAUCCUCAAGCUCGUACCGGUGAUUUUAAAUCAUUUGGAGAAGGCGAGGAUAAUACUGAGAUGACGACAAUGAAUGGUGAACAAGCAUAUAGGGAACAGAAUAAUGUUGCUAUUGCUGAGGAUUCAUUUAGUUAUCAAAGAAAUGGAGAUAAAGCUAGAACAGGAAGUUUGAGCAGUGGAGAAUUCAGCGAAUAUGACGAGGGUGGCGGUGAAUUUGGUGGAUCUGGUGUGAAGAUUAAUGAAUGGCAAGCAGCGUGGAAUGUUACCAAUGCUAUUCAGGGAAUGUUCAUCGUAUCUCUACCAUUUGCAGUCCUACGAGGAGGUUAUUGGGCAAUCGCAGCAAUGGUCGGUAUAGCACAUAUUUGCUGUUACACCGGUAAGAUUCUCGUCGAGUGUCUAUAUGAGUUCGACACAGUAACAGGUCAACGUGUUAGGGUACGAGAUUCUUACGUAGCCAUUGCUAAAGAAUGUUUCGGUCCAAGAUGGGGUGCAAGGGCAGUCAACAUUGCACAAAUAAUAGAAUUGUUGAUGACCUGCAUCUUAUACGUUGUUGUAUGUGGUGAUUUAAUGAUCGGCUCUUUUCCCGAAGGUGCUAUCGACACGAGAAGUUGGAUGAUGCUGAUAGGGAUAUUUUUACUUCCUCUUGGCUUUCUCAAAUCUUUGCAACAUGUAUCGAUGCUCAGCUUUUGGUGUACGAUGUCUCAUCUUUUCAUAAAUUUCAUUAUCGUCGGUUAUUGCAUUUUGGAGAUAGGCGAUUGGGGAUGGUCUAAAGUUAAAUGGACUAUCGAUAUGAAAAACUUUCCAAUCUCGCUUGGUGUAAUUGUAUUCAGUUACACCUCACAAAUCUUUCUGCCAACGUUAGAAGGGAAUCUGAUAGAUCGUUCCAAGUUUAAUUGGAUGUUAAACUGGAGUCAUAUAGCUGCUGCUGCCUUUAAAUCUCUCUUUGGAUGGAUUUGCUUUCUGACUUUCCAGAAUGAUACACAACAGGUGAUCACAAACAAUCUUCAUUCACCUGGCUUUAAAGGUUUAGUCAAUUUUUGUCUGGUAGUUAAAGCUGUAUUAUCUUAUCCUUUGCCAUAUUAUGCUGCCUGUGAAUUACUUGAAAGAGCAUUUUUCAGAGGUCGACCUAAAACAAUCUUUCCUACGAUUUGGACGGUCGAUCGAGAACUUAAAGUUUGGGGUCUGGCAUGGAGAGUCGGUGUUAUUGUAUUCACCAUUCUCAUGGCUAUAUUCAUACCACAUUUCAGUAUUCUCAUGGGCUUCAUUGGCUCCUUCACUGGCACUAUGUUGUCCUUCAUAUGGCCUUGCUACUUUCAUCUUAAACUUAAAAGAAAUUCUAUGGAAUGGAGUGCUGUAGCGUAUGAUUGUUUUGUCAUCUUUUUAGGUAUACUAUUUGGAGUAAUUGGAGUUUAUGAUUCUGGCACCGCUUUGAUUGAUGCCUUUGAAAUUGGUUUACCCUUUUAAAUGAUUCAUAUAAUUCUUACUGCUUUCAUUUUCUCAUUCAUCUCAUUCUGAGAUUGAGAAAUAUUGAAUCGCAAAUUUUCAUUUAUCCUAAUGGGACAACAAAAUUUAUAGUGUCUCUUCGGAACGAAAAGAUAAAAAAAUUUUUAAGGAUAAACAAAUGCUCAUCGUAACAUCCAAGAACAAAUUUUCUCAAUCACCUGAUUUCAUCCUUACUCUUCCAACGAUCUUCAAAAUGAUUAUAGUUCAUCGAAAUUUAACAAAUCAAGUGUCUUCCAUUUAAGAUCGCUUAGAGUUCUGUCAUAAUUAGAGAUAUUUUGAUGAUAUAUUGUAUAUUUAAAUUCAACCAGAACUGACAUAUCUAACAAUAUGCAAAAUAAAAAAAAAAAAAGAGAGAAUGAAAAAACAUUUUACAGUUUCAGAAAUCUGAACUGUUCAUUGACCAUUGAAUAAAAAAAAAAAAAAAAAAAAACAAACAAAAACAAAAAAAAACAAAAAAAAACAAACAAAAUAAAGAAAAAAAAAGAAAAAAAAAAGAAAAAAAAGAGAUCUAUAAUUGAGUGAAGGAAAUGUUAUAAAUCAAGAGUCUUCCAAAAUAAAAAUUUCUUUUUCGAAUGACGAUAAGAAAAGCUUUUUAGAAAAUUCAUUUAGAUUACAUAUCGUAAGACUAUAAGCAUCGAUGUUUUCCAUAUUAUAUAUAAAAUCUGUCGAUGUUAAAAACUGUUGAAAAAUGAGUUUACGGAUUUUCUAAUCCUGAUUGCGUACCUUAUAAAUAAUUUUUAAGUACGCUUUGAACAAUAGCACGUCAUGAUGACGCUCGAUGGUUGCAAUUAUAGUACGUAGUAUAAUCUCUUGCAAAAGAAAAAAAAGAAAUUUAAAAGAGUUAUCCCUCAUGUUUGUGCCAUAGAUAUAAAUGAUAGUUCGCCUAAACGUAGGUUGCAUUGAAAGUGCCAUCGAAGGUUCAAUAAUAAAAUAAUAAAAUAAACGUGCAUUCGUCGAGUGCAAAUUAAUAAUGCACUUGGUUAUGUAUGUA